AAAGAAAAAAAUCAUUCCUGGCAGUGUAAGUCAAAAGUUUUUUUCCUGUCAGUGCACAACGGAUUUGGCUAAUCCGUUUCUACUCGAAAAUUUUUAUCAAACGGAGUAGCGUAAUCCGUUCAGCUUAUUUUAAAAAAAAAUAAACCCCGAAACGGAGUAGCCAAAUCCGUUUGGAAUGAAAUUAAAGAGAAACGGAUUAGGCUACUCCGUCUCCAAUCGGAUACCCUUCCCAUUCCUUCUUCCGUCCACCCAUUCCAUCCGCUGAGCGAGAGAGGAGCUGCGAACGAGAGAAGGGACCGCCGGGAGAGAAGAGGGCGCCGAGCGAGAGAAGAGAGGGACAACCGCCGGGAGAAUCCGAGAUCCGACCGCCGGCGACUAGGGCAAAUCGGAUUAGGCUAAUCCGUUUCAUGGAGCAAAUGGAUGUUCACCCUUGACCUAUUUCACGAGACGUUUUAGUUCUUGAAGGCGGAGUACAUAGGUGUGAUGCAGUAUGGGCGGAAGAAGAUUAUGCCAAAAAGAGUCUAAAGUGUCAUAGGACUUGUUCUAGUAUAUAUCCGAGGACUCUUGUUGCUAAUAGACCACCUCGUGUCAUAGAGAUCUUACGUGAUUAUGGAUUUUAUGGGGUGGAAAAGGUAGGUGGAUUACAGUUAGAUUGGGCUCCGAUUACUUCUUUAGUGGAGAGAUGGAGACCCGAGACCCAUUCAUUCCAUCUCCCCUUUGGAGAGGUGGGAAUUACGCUACAAGAUGUUGAAGUUUUACUAGGAUUGCCCGUUGAUGACAUUCCAUUGUCGGGGGGCACCAGUCGAUCAAGAGAUCAGUGGAUUCAGAUUUGUCAUGACAUGAUGGGUUUUAGACCCGAACCAUCUGAUAUUACAUCUUCUACGAUUAAGAUAUCUGCAAUUCAUCCGAAGGCGCUAACAGAAAAUAGUGAUGAAGUUGAUUACCAACAGCAUGCUAGAGCUAUCAUGUUUAAGUUGAUGGGUGGCAGCUUAUUUCCCAACACGACGGGAAAUAAGGUUAAUUUGUAUCUGUUGGAGGUAAUCAUGGGUGACUCUGUGCUGGUGCGGGGUCGUGCCAUAGGUGCUGCGGUUCUCAGUUUCUUGUAUCGUAGUAUGUGUCGUGCGAGCAUGGCACAUGUAUCUCAGAUUGGAGGGUGUCUUAUCCUCUUACAGCUUUGGGCAUGGGAACAUCUGCCUAUGACUAGACCUAGGGGGGUUGUACCAUUGGAGCAGCUGGUUAAUGUUCCAUACGGAGUCAGAUGGGUGUGUUAUCAUCGGUGGUCAGAUUGUACGACACACUCCUUACGAGCGUACAGAGACCAGCUAGAUAGGUUGCUCGAGGGAGAGGUAAGUACUAAACACAUCACAGUGUUAUGCAUAUAUAUUACAUUUUAAAUGUCUAUUGUAUUCCUUUUUUAAUUAUGCACUUUGUUUGGAUGCCGUAUCCGAAUGUCGAUACCUUACCACCCUGUUGUUUAGCCGGACUUCGAAUAUGGAUUUCACGCAUCCCUUUGAUCUACGGAUAUGUUGUGGAGAUGUACUAUCCGGAUCGAUUUUGCAGACAGUUUGGUGCCCGCCAACGUGUUCCUCUCGAUGUUGUGUAUGAUCGACACCUACAUAACAUUAAGUCGACCACUAUGGAGCUCGGAGACAAUGAGAGACAUUAUUUAGGUGUAUGGGAGGGACGUUACGCUGCAAAUGUAGUGAUGGAAUUUGGGAUGUCGGAUUCCAUGCCUGAGUACCGUCAGUGGUAUUACCUCCAUGGUCGAAGACAGAUAGGAAACCCCGCACAUCAGCCCGGAACAGGCUAUGUCCCCAUUUCUCCUGAGCUACAUACAGCAGUAUGUAUUACUUAAAUUUUGAUUAAUUUUUGUUAUAAUUUUUUAUGCGACUAAUAAAGGUAUUGUGUGUAGCUAUCCUGUAUGGCAGAUUGCCAUCAGCGCCUUGAUCCAGGUAGGCACCCGGAUGGUUUUGUACCCUCUCACGAGGUAGUCCGAGUUCAUGACUUAUUAGGUGAGUGUAUACGUGCUCUUGGACAUGCAUCUAUCCUCAAUCAUCCACAGCAGCAACAAGUAUACAAUCCAGGACAUAUUCGGAGAAGGGCAGAUACAAGGCGCGAUGCACCUCAUGUAGGGGUUAGGCGUGGCGGGCGUGGUCAACGUAGGUUGCAAGUAGAAGAAGAAGAGGUUCAUACCCCAGUCGAAUCCCAUCGUAUGUCCCAAGACGAGGAUGCCACUGACGAUGACUAUGUUGAGAGCGAUACCCACACACCCGCUUUCACCUUUGAGCCAUCCACUUCAUAUACUCCGCGAUUCGAGGUUCCAGAUCCUACACAACGCACGUAUCGUACCUCACCGGUGAGGUUUGAUGGAGAUUAUGUGUUUACUCAGGAGAGUCAACUCACGGAUGAGUUUGGACAAUAUCUCUCCAGCACGACACCAUCGGUUAUCCCUCAUACGUUUGGUAACGUUGAAGUAGAGGAACGGGAAAAGGAUUUGCAUGUCAAAAGGGGAAGCAAGUAAGGGCCUCGUUUAAGUCAAAGAACGUUGUUUCUACGACUAGGCCAU